AUGGUCAAUUUACUAUUAAAGGGGUAUCUAUGGACUAGAAGCACUGACAAAGCAAAGAAAGCUCUCAUAUCCUGGGAACAAUUAUGCAAACCAAAGGCAGCAGGGGGGCUAAACUUUACUGAUAUUUUGGAGUGGAAUAGAGCAGCAAUUUCAAAACUUCUAUGGAAUCUGAGCCAUAAAAAGGACAAACUAUGGAUACUGAAGAGCAAGAAGUACUUUGAAAAGGCAGGGUAUACAUAUGCAGAUUACCUUCAUAUGCCUAAAUUCUCAAUUCAAUGCUUCUACAGAACACUACAACCUAUAUACCCCAAAGUCCCUUGGAGAAAGAUGAUUUGCAACAACUAUGGUGUGCCCAAAUGGAUAUUCACAUUCCGAGUAGCUGCUAUGGGAAGAUUAUAUACCAGAGACAGACUUGCCAAAUGGGGAAUCGCAAAUAUACUUGACUACCCACUAUGCAAUAAUGCUCAUGAGUCAAUUAGACAUCUAUACUUUAUGUGUCCCUUCUCUAACUACGUGUGGACUCAACUGUUAGCUUGGCAAGGGAUAAACAAAGCACCCCAAGACUGGGAAGUGGAACUGGCAUGGAUAUCAAGAAACACUAGGAAAUCAGGGGAGGCUGAAAUAUUUAGAAUGGUUGCUGCAGGUUGCAUAUAUCAUAUAUGGAAAGAAAGGAACUACAGAAUUUUUCAAGCCAAAACCAGGACUGCUAAACAAGUGAUCAAGACAGUCAUUCAGGAGGUCUGUUAUAGAGGAAAUGUACGAGCUGGGAUUGAGCGAAGACUGAGAGCCAUGAACUUUUACCCUGUGUAA